GUCCCUUUGCCCCCCUCCUCACUGUAGUCUACUUAUUAGCACUCCCCCACAGCACAUUACUUGCGACGAGGGCGAUUGGAGGAAGGAACGCAGUUAGGGUUGCUCUUGUGGGCGACGGACUCGAUCGAAGCCAUAGGAAGGAGAUCUCAAUUUCGAUCGAGGAGGAGGACCCUAGUACUUGGAAUCGGAGUCGAGUUCGCAUUUCGAAAAUCUCCUCCUCUUUGUUUAAAUUGGGCUCUUUACUUGCCUUCGAUGUGAGAGAGCGUCAGAUCCAGGAUGUCAGAUCUGCGCGACUUCGGCGGGGAAGGGUUCUUAGGCGAGGCCGCCGGGGGGAAUGCGACGCCGCAGCCGGCACCGGAGGCUCUGACGGCGUCUGCGUCGUUCAAGAUUGAGGGGAAGUCGGCGCCGGCCCUGAGGCGAAGGGCCUCGAUGAAGCCCAACUUGGAGGUGGACGAGUUUAUUAAUCUGCUCCACGGAUCGGAUCCGGUGAAGGUCGAGCUGAAUAGGCUCGAGAAUGAAGUCAGAGACAAAGAUCGAGAAUUAUCUGAGUCACAGGCGGAGAUCAAAGCUCUGAGGUUGUCUGAGCGCGCGAGAGAGAAGGCAGUCGAAGAGCUAACGGAAGAAUUGAAUAAGAUGGAUGAGAAGCUCAAGCUCACUGAAUCACUUCUUGAGAACAGGAAUCUUGAAAUUAAGAGGAUAAAUGAUGAAAAGAAAGCAGCCUUGGCUGCACAGUUUGCAGCAGAGGCAACACUUAGAAGAGUCCAUGCAGAUCAAAAAGAUGAUGACAUGCCCCCAAUUGAAGCCAUUCUUGCUCCUCUUGAGGCAGAGUUGAAGCUAUCUCGGCAGGAGAUUGCAAAGCUACAGGAUGACAACAGGGCAUUAGAUCGUCUUACCAAAUCAAAAGAAGCAGCACUGCUGGAAGCAGAACGGACCGUACAGAUUGCUUUAGCAAAGGCCUCUAUGGUGGAUGAUUUACAAAAUAAGAACCAGGAAUUAAUGAAACAGAUCGAAAUAUGUCAGGAAGAGAACAAGAUCCUGGAUAAAAUGCAUCGACAAAAGGUUGCUGAGGUUGAAAAGCUUAGCCAGACUGUACGAGAACUGGAAGAAGCUGUUCUUGCAGGUGGUGCAGCUGCAAAUGCCGUAAGGGAUUACCAGCGAAAAGUUCAGGAGAUGAGUGAAGAGAUGAAAACGCUUGAUCGUGAACUUGCUCGGGCAAAGGUUACAGCUAAUAGGGUUGCAGUGGUUGUGGCAAAUGAAUGGAAAGAUGCUAGUGACAAAGUAAUGCCUGUUAAACAGUGGCUUGAGGAACGGAGAUUCAUGCAGGGUGAGAUGCAGCAACUUCGGGACAAGCUUGCUAUAACAGAACGUACUGCAAGAUCUGAAGCUCAGUUGAAAGAGAAGUUUCAGGUACGGCUCAAGGUUUUGGAAGAGGGAUUGAGAAUGUCAGCAGGUGGCAGUAACCGCACCAUUGUAGAGGGGAAGAGUGUAAGCAAUGGUCCUUCACGCCGCCAGUCCCUUGGUGGAGCUGAGAAUGUUCCUAAGAGUGUUAAUGGCUUCCUUUCAAAGCGACCAUCAUUUCAGAUGAGAUCUUCUCUUUCCAGUAGCAUGGUACUGAAACAUGCCAAAGGGGCAUCGAAGUCAUUUGAUGGUGGCACUAGGUCAUUGGACCGAAGCAAAGCCCUCCUGAAUGGAGCUAGUUUGUCACUGAACAGAUCUUCUGAUGCAACUGCAGAGAAUAUCUCACAUAACAGUUGGAAGGAAAUUCCAGAAGAGAAAACCAAUGAGUUAUCUAAUGUUGACUCAGAUGAUUGUGUCUCUGGACUUCUGUAUGAUAUGUUGCAGAAGGAGGUAAUUACUCUGAGGAAAGCAUGCCAUGAGAAGGACCAGAGCUUAAAAGACAAGGAUGAUGCGAUUGAGAUGCUGGCCAAGAAAGUUGAUACAUUGACUAAAGCUAUGGAAGUGGAGGCAAAAAAGAUGAGAAGGGAAGUAGCUGCAAUGGAGAAAGAGGUGGCUGCUAUGAGAGUGGAUAAAGAACAAGAUAACAAGUCUAAGCGACUUGGUGGUUCGAAAGCUCCAUCUAGUAGUUCACAGUUGCUUCCUGGAAGGACUGUCCCUCGAGGUGGGUUGAUGCGCAAUCCAUAACGAAGAAAUACAAUGUACGAAAACAUCAAGAAGAGAUUCUGCAUCAGGCUACUUCCCUCUUGCGCGCCCCCACCCA